AUGUCCGCCGCCCCCUAACGGUCGCUCCCUGCCUGAGGGAGCUCAACCCCUCGCCGGCCAACGGAGCCCCGCGGAGCCGCCGGGUGAGGGGCUGCCUCGAGCUGUGAGGGCGCCGGGGAAGUGUCUUCCUGUUGGAAUGCCUCACGUCAAUGCAGCUGUGGCUCUGCAGAUCUGCGUGCUCCUCUCUGCGCUCCCCGCGCAGUAUCUCAUAUCCCAGCGGUACGGGACGGACUCGGCUCAGCGCAUCCAAAUGACAGAAAGGUUGAUAAUUGCCUCUUGGAGCAGCUUUACACAGUCUUACUUGAGUCUGGAUGCGUGGGCAGAUCGUUUAAAGCUGUGGCUAUCAAACACAAGGAAUUGGUACUAUGGAGAAAAGGAAACUAAAAUUGGCGACAAUGAAGCAGAAACCCAUUCUUAUUUUGCAGAAUCAACUCACGUUCGCAGUCCAAAGCCUGGACAUAUUCAGUUCAGCGUGGGACAGGUAAUGGUUCACAAAGGAUUUGGCUACUCGGGAGUCAUCGUUGGAUGGGAUGAAAAAGCUAAAGCUCCAGCAGAAUGGCUACAGCACAGAUACCCUCCAGCCAAACAGGAUCUAAAAGAUACUCCUCACUAUCGAAUUCUAAUUAACAAAGCAAAUGGAUUUGGCAAAUCUACAGCUUACGUUCCUGAGGAAGAGAUAACAAUUAUUAUGGGAUUAGAGGUGCAUCACCCUGACCUGAAAGCCUAUUUCAGUGGAUAUGAUGGAUCAAAAUACAUUAUGCAGCCGUGGCUGAAGGAAAUCUACCCUCAUGACUGAAGUACUGAAGUGGCUGUAGGUGUGACGUACACACAGACAUCUGUCCUUUUUAAACUUGAGAAAAUAGAAUAAAACUCAUGUAUAUUUUUCCUAUGAUGAAAUAAAACUUUCCUAAGCA